AUGGGACCUUCAGCAGCCAGAGUUCAAGGGUGGACACCGCAGAACUCUACUAGUCAAUUGUUACCUUUGGAGCGUCGUAUCGGGGCUUAUAGAUUACCUUGGGGGUGGGAGGAUAUUCCGGUUAGGACUCCACCCGAGUCAGAAGCCGAUCCUGAUACGUUAACUCGCGGGGCUUCCUCCACUCGAAUUCCCGUUCAAUGUAUCGAUCCACCCGGCAGCAAGCAGGAGUUUUACAAAUUAGAGGACUUGCGCGGAGGAAAUAUUUUAGAAUCCACUAUAGUCAAAAAACCGGAUUGCGCCGUACUAUUAGGGUCUAAGCAUGGAAAGUGGAAGCACCGGUACCUAGUUUCCAGAGACGUUCUCUGUGCCUCUUCGUCGGUGUUCAGCAAUGUGGAGGGGACAUCGGUCCUAAACCGUACGUCCCCAAGCAGCAGUACUGGCGGCGUCAAAACUCAGAUGCGAUACUGGAUAUCAUUAGCUAUCGAUUGUCGCUCUGAAGACCUCAAGUUGAUAUUUCGCAUCAUACAUUUCACAACCAACGAACAGGAUAUGGAUAUCAAGUUCGAUACUUUAAGAAAGGUCGCCAGGAUUUGUAAGGCUUUCUCAUGGGGGAGAGCACUUCAAUCCUGGAACCAUGUAUGGCUUCAGAAAUAUGAAUCUAAGGCAUUGUUUCCAGGGUAUGAAGGUUGGAUGGAAAUUGCAGAUAUCAUUGGCACUAAAAAACACGUGGAAAAGCUGGUGGAGCUUCUAGCGAAUGAAUGUUCAGAGGUCAGUGAGGAGAUGGUGACUCGAUACACACCCGAUCGCAGAGAUCGUGUUUCAACGCAAUAUUGGCCAGACAACCAGCGAGCGCGAGUUUUUGAACGCAGAAAACGUAAGAUCCGCCACCUCUACGCAUCCUUAAAUUUUCUAGACAGAACCUUCAGGCACGGGAGGACCGAUGGGAAAGCUUGCCCAUCCAAGACAUGUUUGGAUUUGGCGUAUGGGUCUUUUCUGCGGUCAGUUGAAGCGAAUGGACUCAGGAACUUUUUAGAUGCUGGGGGGUCUUGGGGAUCUUCGGCAGGCGAGCUUGAAACACAAAUGCUGAAAAUUACCUUUCAAACAUUGGGGUCCGUUUACAUAACACACAGCUGCGCAAUGGGAGGGUUUCGGGACGGAUUCGCAGCUUGUAUACGAAGUCAAAAUCUCCUCAACGACAAUGGCCGCUUCUGCCAGGUUGGUAGCACGAGUAACGGCGGGUUCGAAUUUAGUGCUGAAGCUCAGAUUUUGCAAGCCCAAGGCGUUCGUGUGUCUUGCGGCUUCAUACCAAUUUCCUCCGAAGAGGAACGGACGGUUGAAAUUUGCUAUUACAUCAUCAUAUUCUGUACAAUGGGCUGUUUAAUUGCGAUGGCGGUAGCGGUAGGUAGAGGACGCUAA